AUCCCAACACAAUGCACCUCUUUCAACAUACUAACCAAGCCAAGCCAUGACAACUCCAAACUCAUUCCUCCCCAUUCUCCUCUUCACAGCCUUUCUCUUAUCUCCAUCACAAGCCUCCAACAUAGACCCUAAAUGCGACGUCCCGGAAUCCGGAUCAACCCUCCAAGUCCUCCAUGUUAAUAGCCCAUGCUCCCCAUUCCGGCCACAGAAACAGCCCUCAUGGGAGGAAAGUGUGCUCAAAAUGCAGUCCGACGACACGACAAGGCUACUCUUCCUGUCGAAUCUUGUUGCGGGGAGAUCAGUGGCUCCUGUGGCAUCAGGCAGGGGGAUUCUGCAGACACCAACUUACAUUGUGAGGGCUAGAGUUGGCACACCACCACAGACAUUCCUUAUGGCUGUUGAUAAUAGUAAUGAUGCUGCCUGGCUCCCAUGCUCUGGCUGCACUGGAUGUGCUUCCACUACUUUUGCUUCUGACAAAUCUGCUUCUUUCAAGACUCUCGGUUGUAAAGCUAGUCAGUGCAAACAGGUUGCACACCAAACCACCUGCACAGCCACAGCAUGUAGCUUCAACACCACCUACGGAAGCUCCUCAAUUGCAGCAAAUCUCUCGCAAGACUCUCUCAAACUCGCCACCGAUGUCAUUCCUGGAUACACAUUCGGCUGUAUCCAGAAGACGACUGGGGGCUCAGUGCCCCCGCAAGGACUUCUAGGCCUUGGUCGAGGCCCUCUAUCGCUGUUGUCCCAGACCCAGAGCCUGUACCGAUCCACAUUCUCCUAUUGUUUGCCCAGCUUCAAGUCUCUGAACUUUUCAGGUUCCCUGCGAUUAGGGCCCGUGCAGCCCGUCAGAAUGAAGUUUACCCAGUUACUGAGGAAUCCCAGCAGAUCAUCACUUUACUAUGUAAAUUUGGUGGCAAUCAAAGUUGGUAGAAAGAUAGUUGACAUCCCUGCAAGCGCGUUGGCGUUCGAUGCAACAAAUGGAGCUGGAACAAUCAUUGAUUCAGGAACUGUCUUCACUCGACUAGUGGAACCAGCCUACAUUGCAGUGAGAAAUGAGUUUCGUCGACGCAUGGGCAAAGCUGCUGUAGUGUCAUCACUAGGCGGGUUCGACACAUGCUACUCUGUCCCAAUAACAAUACCAACGAUAACAUUCAUGUUCAAGGGCAUUAAUAUGACACUCCCGCAAGACAACUUCCUUAUACAUAGCGCUUCAAGUAGCAUUACUUGUCUAGCAAUGGCCGCAUCGCCUAACAAUGUGAAUUCUGUGCUGAAUGUCAUAGCUAGCAUGCAGCAACAGAAUCUCAGGGUUCUUUUCGAUGUGCCCAACUCAAAGCUUGGUAUGGCCCGUGAGACGUGCACUUAAUUAAAAGCACCCUUAUAUGUGUGGUCUUUGUAGCUACUUGUGUUGCUUUUGGUAGUUAAGUCAUUUGGUUUGGCGUUUGUAAUCUUGCUUUUGGAAUUCUAGUAUUAGUAUUGUUCCUGUAAUCGAAUUAAAGGUUUGUAUUGACCUGCAAUGGGUUUGUCACAGCAAGGAUCGCCCUGUACUUUUUCUACCCUUA